AAUACGGAAGAAAAUAAGUACAGCAGAGUUAUAAAAUGCUUUCCCUAACGUCAUAUUCAAACUCAUCAUCAUUUUUUUAAGACCACAGUGACUCAAGGGUUACCGUGAUGGAGAUGAGCACAGAGGCCACGCGUAGCAGCUAUAACAUGUACUCGUAGCCUUACUAAUUACUUACCUACAGCGUUGCCAGAUAUAGAAAAGAGCUCACACGUACUAGCAUACACUCGAGCGCCAUAUAUACGCCAGCCAGCCAGUUAGUCAGUGGUAGCGUGCGAGGUGCGUGGAUUUAGCAGCGUGUCGCAACCCCCGAGGCAACGUUUCGGUCCGUGACGACGAGAACACGGCCGCGAGGAGGCUGGAAGGGGGAGGAGGAAGAGUGGGGCCCGGAGGAGUGUUGGAGUCAGUUUAUAUCUGGAAGGUGUGGCGGAAGGGUGUGUGCUCGUCCGGGUCUGAGGGCGAGAGAAGGCGUGGCGUCAGGAAAGAGGAAAACAGCACUGAAAACAUGUAAAACGGACUUAGAACAAAAGAAAAGGGGAGAAAAAACUCAAACCACAGCAUCACGACAGCAAGCAACCAUGACACACCAAGCCAGAAAAAGAGACAAAGAAAACGGAGUCAGAUGAAGGGCAAUCUUGCAUAAAAAGACACACCAGACCCCACGCGCUCAAUCUUACGCGUCGACUUUUGAGGGAGAGGAAGGGAGGGACCGGCGCCCCCCUCCACGCCCUCUAGUGUCGCUCCGCCGCCCCUGGGACCCUCCUGAAGGCCCUUCAUGACGGCGGGAGGAGUGAGUCACGCCGCGGGAAUGGAGUUUGAGUACAUCUUCAUCCACCAAGAAGCGCGGAGCCUGCACGCCAUCAAGGAGGAGGAAGGAGAGGAGGACACCUUCCAUGACUCCGGCACGAGUGGACAUGAGCCGGACAGUCUGGAAGCGAUACAGACGGUGGUGAGCGGCGGCGGCGGAGGCGGAGGAGGCGGCGGACCACACCAGCAUCACCACCACCACCACCACCAUCACCACCAACACCACCAGAAGCACUCCAAGCCCACCACGAAGACCCCUGGUGGUGAUGGUGAGGAGGAGAACGAUGAUGGUGAUGAUGGUGACAGUGGUGGUGAUGGUGAGGAUAAGCGGGGAGGUGGUGGCGGUGGUGGUGUGGUGUCCCCGUCGGCGGCGCAGGGGGAGGUGCGGGCCAGCGACGCGGCGGUCCUCCUUCACCUGGAGCGCAGCAGCCACCGCCAGACCCGCCGCGCCCUGCAGGACACGAGGGAAAAGUACGAGAUGGUGCGGCGGGAACUGACGCAGCGGGGCAUCCAGCUAGAGGGCGUGGAGGCUGUCAGGACGGUCGGCAGCGCCCUCGAGGACCUCCACAUCCAGCAGGAGCACAACCAGUCUUCCCUCGAGUCCCUCUCCUCCAUCGCCUCCUCCGACAGGCUGCUCGACGAACUGAAGGUACGCGAGAUGACGAUCAGUCAGCUGAGAACGCGUCUGCUGCAGCUGGAGAAGGACCGACUGGACAAGGUUCCCGUGGACGCUGCCAGAGAGAUCACCAGACUCAACAGCCUUCUGGUGGACAUGGAGAGAGCGAGGGACGAACUCACCCUACAGAACACCAGCCUCAAGACCCGCCUGUCGGAGCUCACGGCGAAAAUCCACGACCCGGCGGCGACCUACCAGAUCACGCGCGAGUCCUUGGCCUCUGACACCAACGCCUCAACACCGACGAAGACGCGAGGCCCCGAUGACCCAGACGUGGCCAAGGUUCUCCGGAAGGCCACGUACAAGCUGACAGGGGACUCGCAGAAGCUGAGAACGAUGGUGCUGGAGAUGACGGCGAAGGAGGAGGAGUACAAGGCCAGGAUAGCGGCGUUGGAGGAGAAGUUGCUGAACCACGUGAACGAAGACUCAGCCUCCGCCCGCGAGCACGAGAGGACGGUAAGGAGCCUUGAGCAUCAGUUGGAGUUGGCGUCGCAGAAGCUCGAGGCGGCGGGCAGGUACGCGACAGCCAAGGAGGAGGAGAGCAGCGUCCUCAAACUCGACCUCGACACGCUGAACGAGGAGAACCGACGCCUGAAGGGAAACCUCAACGACCUCAUCCUGAAGCAGAGGGAGUUGGAGGACCUGGCGCUGGAGAAGGCGGCGCUGGAGGACCAAUACAAGAGGCUGCUGGAGGAGAACCGAGUCUUGGCGGAGGACUUCAACCGAGAGAGAGUCUUACGGAAGAAAUACUACAACCAGGUGGAGGAGAUGAAGGGCAAGAUCAGGGUGUUCUGCCGCUUGCGCCCCGUCAGCGAGAGCGAGGCGCGGCGCGGGGGCGGAGCGGCGGAGCGAGUGGUGGGCGCCGAGGACCACUUCACCGUGAACGUGGACUCGCAGCGGGGCCACAAGACCUUCCUCUUCGACCGGGUGUUCCAGGCGCACGAGAACCAGGAGGAGGUCUUCGCGGACACCAAUGCGCUCAUCCAGUCCACGCUCGACGGCUUCAACGUGACCAUCAUGGCUUACGGACAGACGGGCUCCGGCAAGACUUAUACCAUGAUCGGCACGGAGGACCAGCCGGGCAUCGCUCCUCGGGCCUUCCAGCGGCUCUUCCAGUUGGUCGAGGCGGGGCGCUCCAGGCACAGCGUCCAGGCGUCAACCUUCAUGAUGGAGCUGUACAACGACAAGCUGAUAGACCUGCUCAGGCCCCCCGGCAGCUCGGAGAAUGAGAAGCUGGACAUCAAGAAGGACAAGAAGGGUAGCGUUCACGUGCAGGGAGCCACCGUGCGUAACGUGGCCUCGGCGGGGGAUCUCACGCGAGCCUUCCAGGACGGCCUCACCAACCGCCACACUGCAGCCACGAAGAUGAACGUCGAGAGCUCGCGUUCGCACCUCCUCAUCGUAGUCUGCCUCACCAUCACCUCCAAGCAGACCGGCGCCGUGCUCAAGGGAAAGCUAACCCUCGUGGACCUGGCGGGCAGCGAGCGGGUCAGCAAGAGCGGAGCCACGGCCGACCAGCUGCGCGAGGCCAACUCCAUCAACAAGUCUCUAUCGGCGCUCGGGGAUGUGGUGUCGGCGCUCUCCUCGGAGUCCUCCUUCGUCCCCUACAGGAACAGCAAACUGACGAUGCUGCUGCAGGACAGUCUGGGCGGCAACUCCAAGACGCUCGUGUUCGUCAACGUGUCGCCGGUCGCCCACAACGCCGACGAGACGCUGGUGUCCCUCAUGUACGCCUCGAGAAUCAAGCAGAUCACCAACAGCGUCAGCAGGAACUCAGACAACAAGGAGAUCUCGAGACUCAAGUCGAUCAUCAACAAGCUGAGGAAGGGCGAGGACCUGGACGACGAGAUCACUUGAAACAGGCCCAAGAGGGGAGGAUGUCUGCCCGUGGCCGUGUCCUCUGGCGGCUCGUCGGGCAGCCUCAGGAGUCGCUUCGCGGGCUGCAGACUCUGGCAGCGGCAGUAGAGCGGAAGACGCCGUCCAGACACGACCGUUUUGCCCUCAGACGAGACUAAUUUGGUGGUAUUUAAAAUGCGAAUAGCUUGUAUAGACAUCACUUCACCGGUCUGUGAGUAAGAAACGUUUAGACACGGACUUUUAAGCCAUUAUGAGGCUGCUUAUUUUUCACGGUUAAGUAGACAGAUUAAAGAAAAACAAACUUAUAAAUAACUCAUCAGUCUGCUCCUAAAAACAAUACCAGAGAUGUCAUAAAACGAUUAAUCAGUUUUAUUUAAUGCCCCAAGUGUCUUGUCACUCCCCUCUUGAAAGAAUCUAAGUCCUUGAAAUGAAGAAAUACACAAGAAAUGCUGUCCCAGAGUAUUGAUGCCAUGCAGUGAAAGGGAUGAAAGAGUGAAGAUGCUAGUUAACUCCUGCAUUAAUAAGUUGGACAGCAUAGGGAUGAACCUGAGUAGAAAGUCUUGGUGAAGAGGAGUAUAUAUAGUGAGGAUAACAUCACCCAUCUUAUCUGUGAGCUGUUAAAUAGUUCCUGGCGAGUGUUUGGUGAGCUCGGGAGGAAAGAUUAUGUCCAGUAUCUCACAGCUGUUCUGAGCACCUUCGAAACCUCCCCCGAGAAGAGUAUGUUUGAUUUGCUUUUUCUUUAUUUGCUUGUGAGAAGUAAAAAAGUUCCUGGUGAGUGUUUGGUGAGUUCAGGUGGGAGUGAUGUUCGACGCCUCACAGCCUGCACUGAAGACCCCCCCCCACCCCCCCCUAUUCCCCACGAUCAACCCGUCCCGUCCCCACCCACAGCCCCGACACUGCACCCUGGAUCCCUCUUCUCUACCCUUCCCUUCCUCUCCUCUCUUUUUUUCCCCCAUUCCUUCUCUUAUCCAUCCCAUGCUUUUCUCUCACCCCAUCCCCUCUCUUUCCCUCCCCUCUCCUCUCUACCCCAUCCCCUUUCCUCCUCCACCCUUCUCUCCUCCCCACUUCAUUCUAACUCCUCCCUUUCCCCUCCCCCCUCCCCUCCCCCACAGAGGUGUUAAGUGAAGGAAGUUCGAUAUUCAAGAUCUCAGAGUUCUCAAAAGAUCUCAAGAAAAUGCAAGGAGGCGAGGAAGGAGCCCGCAUGUGAUUCUGUAUAUACCUGUGUGUGUGUGUGUGUGUGUGUGUGUGUGUGUGUGUGUGUGUGUAAAUUAACGUACCAUUAGUCUUAAACCACCCAGUCCAAUACGAUAAUGUUUUGUUAUUUAUGAUUUUAUAUGUUAUUCUUUUUUUUGGAAGUCUAGUACAAAGAUAUACAUUACCAUAUAUGUAUAGUAAAACUUGUGUGUGUAUAUAAAUAGAAGUAUGGUGAAGUACUUUUAAUAAAUUGACUCCUAAAACA